AUGGCUAUCUUCAAGGUUUGCUUCACCCUCCUCGCCCUCUCCUCGACUCUCGUCGUCGCCGCCCCCCAGGCCAGCUCCACUUCUACCGCCUGUGCCAACCAAUCCGCCUUGGACAGCUGUCUCGCCAGCAACUCUGUCGACAGCUGUAGCAGCUCUGACUACAACUGCUUGUGCUCGGUCUACCGCGCCCAGGCUGCUUGUUACACCUCCAACUGUCCAGAUGACCCUACUGCCUCAGCUUCUCAAGCUCAGGCUGACCAGCUUUGCAACGCUGCUGCUGCUCAAUCGUCUUUGGCGGCUGCCAAUGCCGCUGCCGUUGCUAGCAUGGGUCCUUCGGCUCAGUCUUACAUCUCGGUGGCCUCUGUUGCUGCUGCCUCUGUCGCAAGUGCUGCGUCCGCCGCCGACGCGAGUCAGCGUUCGUUGAUCUCUGAAGCUGUUGCCUCCCAGUCAGCAGCCUCCGUGUCUGCGGCCAGGGCUUCCGCGGUUGCUCACGCCGAGGUCUCAGCGGUUUCGACCAUCACCGACUUCUCCUCUACCAUGACUGCUACGCCGGUUGCUACCAGCGUCGUUCUCGUCAGUGGAGUUUCGUCAACCGUCGAUGAGUCUUCCGCCUCCUCCGCGUCUGCUUCCGCCGCCUCUGAGUCUCUCGUGUCUUCGGCUUCGGCCGUCAGCAGUUAUGCCUCUUCGGUCGCACACUCUGUCUCCUCUCACGUCUCGUCCAUCAUGAGUUCGGCCACUGCGCUCGCCAUCAACUCGGGAGCUACUGGCCUCGAGCUCUCUACCUUUGGCGUGUUUACCACGGUCGGCGCUGCCGUCUUUGGCUUCGCCGCCCUCUUGGCUUGA